UUUUGACUUUUUUAGAGUAUUAAGCGAAGGGCCAAAAACAAACCUCACCAGCUCCCCCAUUCUCACGUCUCGUUGUCGCUUCGUUCUUCGUUUCCCCGAAAAAUCAAAGCUUUUUUUGCUCGUCUCCAAUAUGUUAUUUGUCUAACGCACAAUUGAUUGUGUGCUUUGACUUGUUUUCUCAUCUGGGAUUUGGGUUUCAUUUUUGAGGAAAGGAAAGCAGAGGAAAGAAGAUGUGGGGAUUUGGAGGGAGAUACUAUUGGGGAAGAAAGGAAAGAGGGCGAGACGUGGAAGGAAUAGUUGUGGUAUUUGCAUGGAUGUCAAGUCAGGAGCGGCACUUGAAGAACUAUGUUGAUCUCUACUCUUCCCUUGGCUGGAAUUCUCUUAUUUGUCAUUCUCAAUUCCUCAAUAUGUUCUUUCCUGAUAAGGCAGUUUCAUUGGCACUACAGAUUGUUGGUGAACUUGUCAAGGAGCUUAAAAUAAGACCAUGCCCAGUUGUCUUUGCAUCUUUUUCUGGUGGUCCAAAAGCCUGUAUGUACAAGGUUCUUCAGAUUAUUGCGAGCAAGUCUGAGGAACAAUUGAAUAUGGAUGAGCACCAACUGGUUAGAGAUUGUGUUUCUGGGUUCAUUUUUGACUCUAGCCCAGUUGAUUUCACUAGUGACUUGGGUACGAGAUUUGUUCUUCAUCCAACUGUUCUCAGAAUGUCCCAUCCUCCAGUCCUGGCUGCUUGGGUUGCAAAAGGAAUUGCUUCCAGCCUGGAUGCCCUCUUCCUUAGCAGAUUUGAAUCGCAACGUGCCGAGUAUUGGCAGACGCUGUAUGCCACUGUAAGCAUGGGUGCUCCAUAUCUCAUUUUAUGCUCAGAAGAUGAUGAUCUUGCACCUUAUCCAAUUAUUUGCAAUUUUGCUCAACGGCUACAAGAACUUAGGGGUGAUGUCAAGUUGGUCAAAUGGAAAAGCUCCCCUCAUGUCGGUCAUUAUCGCCAUUAUUUAUCAGAAUACAAGGCUGCCGUGACUCAGCUACUUGCCAAAGCUGCUGUUAGUUAUUCCAAACAAAUUCGGCAGCUUGAAGGAGAGAAGAUGGGCUUAGAGGGAACAAAUGAUGACAUCUCUGAGCCAUUUUGCAACCUGAGAAAGGCAGCAGCCAGUUCACAACAGAGCUUCCAAAGAAUUGCCCUCGAGUUGAAUGACCACUUCUUGGUGCCCAGCUCUGCAGAGUAUCACGAGGGUAGAGAUGUUGGAUCUGUGCAGGAUGAACGCAAGGAACGAUAUAUCCCUCUAUCGAGCCCUCCGAGCAUGAAUGCUCACGGUGUUCUUGGACAAUUUCUCUUUGACGUAUGUGUCCCAAAGAAUGUUGAUAACUGGGAUGUCAAAUUAUCUCCCUCGACAAGCAGGGUAUCUUUUACAUCUUCACGAAGGCAUUCACCUUUCAACCCCAUGAAAUGCAUUCGUCGUUCAAGAUUAUAAUAUCCCUAUUUGGUACUCUGCUGGGAGCUCUCAGAUAAUUAGAUGGACCAAUCAGGGUCUUCAAACUCUCCUGGAAAGUGCUGUGCGGUGUACAUUGACAGGCUAUAAUUUAUAAUGGAGUUGUGCAAUAGAGAUGGACGUUUGCUGAAGUUUUUCUCUGCUCCUACUUCAGUUGGGGGUAUUAAGGUGCAGCUGUGUGUUAGUCAUGGCAGACUCUUUUCUGACAGCAAGUGUACAGCUAAGGCACUACUAUGACUUCGAAUCAUAGAAGUACCUUUUUUGUUUAACCCGAAUUAUAGAGGUUGAGGCAUUGUAUAAAGAAUAAGGAGCAACGUCGACUUUCCUGAUUCCUCAUUCCAGUUUUGGUUGUCUUGAACCUUUUGAUUCUGCAAGACGGUGGUCAAUUUCAAAAUAGGUUUGCAUGCCCGUGAAGGCAUGACUCGUGAGUGUAUGGUAGGAUUAAGCGUGCUAGCUUUACAUUUCAAGGCUAUUAGGGCAGUUAAUAACAACAUUUAUGUUUUAACUUGAUUAUUGAGAUGCUUAAAACACUUUGGUAAGCAAAACUAUUUACUUUUUAGGGCAGAACUAUCCAAUCCAUUCCAUUGUAUGGGAGUCAAA